UUGUUACGGCAGAUGUAAUUCUUAGCACGAGACAGGAACAGAACUCGACACGUGCUUUUAAAGCGAACAUCGUAAACUGCAAAAUACAACUUUAUCUCACUAAUCAAACUUUAUACAAGAAGCUUAUUUGACAAAGUAUCACGAUGCCAGCCCAAAUCAUCAGUGGGAAAGACGUCUCAGCUCAGGUCAGACAAAGGCUGAAGGAGGAGGUGGACGCUAUGAGAAAUCUGCAUCCCAAUUUCAAACCAGGCCUUGUGGUGUUGCAGGUGGGAGACAGAGAGGACUCAAACCUUUACAUUAGGAUGAAGUUGAAAGCUGCUGCUGAGGUUGGGAUCAAUGCUUUUCAUGUGAAGCUACCUCAGACUGCUACUGAAAAUGAGGUCUUGCGCAGUGUUAUUGAUGUCAAUGAGGACUCCAGUGUUCAUGGGCUCAUAGUGCAGCUGCCUCUCGACUCUAUCCACACUAUUAAUACAGAGAUGGUUAUCAACACAGUGUCUCCAGAGAAAGAUGUGGAUGGUUUGACCAGCAUUAAUGCAGGGAAACUGGCACGUGGUGAUCUUGGUGACUGUUUUAUCCCAUGUACUCCUAAUGGAUGUAUGGAGCUCAUCAAACAAACAGGUGUGUCUUUGGCGGGAAAAAGGGCUGUGGUGAUUGGCCGCAGUAAGAUUGUGGGCGCGCCAAUGCACGACCUUCUCCUGUGGAAUCACGCUACUGUAACAACCUGUCAUUCAAAGACUACAGACCUGGCCUCUGAGGUGGGAAAAGCAGACAUCCUGGUUACUGGGAUUGGUAAAGCGGAGAUGGUUCGGGGAGAGUGGCUGAAGAAUGGAGCUGUGGUCAUUGACUGCGGUAUUAACACUAUUCCAGACAGCACCAGACCCAGUGGGAAGAGAGUGGUUGGAGACGUUCACUAUGACUCUGCUAAAGCUCAAGCAGCGUUUAUCACACCUGUGCCUGGAGGAGUUGGCCCAAUGACUGUAGCCAUGCUCAUGCAGAACACUGUUCUGAGUGCCAAACGUUUCCUUCAAGCACAAGAACCUGGGAAGUGGAACAUACAUUUCACCAAACUCAACCUGCAACGACCUGUUCCAAGUGAUAUUGCCAUUUCUCGCUCCUGUGUGCCUAAUCCCAUCGAUUGUCUUGCCAAAGAAAUUGGUCUUCUCUCAGAUGAGGUUGAGCUCUAUGGCAGGACCAAAGCCAAAGUCCAACUGAAAACAAUUGAUCGGCUGCAGGCUCAACCUGAUGGCAAAUAUGUGGUUGUUACUGGAAUCACUCCAACUCCCCUUGGAGAAGGAAAGAGCACAACUACAAUAGGUUUGGUUCAAGCACUUGGCGCACAUCUCAAACUUAAUGCAUUUGCAUGUGUACGGCAACCAUCACAAGGACCAACAUUUGGCAUCAAAGGUGGUGCUGCUGGAGGGGGCUACUCCCAAGUUAUUCCCAUGGAAGAGUUUAAUCUACAUCUGACUGGUGACAUUCAUGCUAUCACAGCAGCUAAUAACCUGGUAGCUGCUGCAAUUGAUGCUCGAAUCUUCCAUGAAGCCACCCAGUCUGAUAAGGCUCUCUUUAAUCGCUUGGUACCCUUGAGCGGAGAUCAGAGGAAUUUUUCCCCAGUUCAGAUCAACAGACUUAAAAAACUAGGCAUAGAGAAAACUGACCCCAGCAUGUUAACAGAGGAAGAGAUCACCCGCUUUGCCAGGCUGGACAUUGACCCAGAGUCCAUUACAUGGCAGCGAGUGCUGGACACAAAUGAUCGUUUCCUGAGAAAAAUAACUAUUGGCCAGUCUCCAACUGAGAAGGGUUACACCAGAACCGCCCAGUUUGACAUCACUGUGGCAAGUGAGAUUAUGGCAGUUUUGGCUCUCACCACCAGUCUGGAAGACAUGAGGCAGAGGCUUGCAAAAAUGGUGGUGGCCACCAGCCGCAGUGGACAGCCUGUGACCACAGAGGACCUGGGAGUGUGUGGAGCUCUGACAGUACUCAUGCGAGAUGCCAUCAAGCCAAACCUCAUGCAGACACUAGAGGGAAAUCCUGUGUUUGUUCAUGCUGGACCUUUUGCAAACAUUGCACAUGGAAACUCCUCAAUCCUGGCUGAUAAAAUAGCUUUGAAACUUGUUGGGCCUCAGGGAUUUGUGGUCACGGAAGCAGGUUUUGGAGCAGAUAUUGGUAUGGAGAAAUUUUUCAACAUCAAGUGUCGUUACUCGGGGCUCACGCCUCAUGUUGUGGUCCUGGUUGCAACAGUUCGAGCACUGAAGAUGCAUGGUGGUGGACCAACGGUGACGGCUGGAAUGCCUCUGCCAAAAGAAUAUAUUGAAGAGAACCUGCCGCUGCUGGAAGCUGGCUGUAGUAACAUGAAGAAACAAAUGGAAAAUGCUCAGCUUUUUGGGGUGCCAGUAGUCAUAGCUGUCAAUGCUUUCAAGACAGACACAGAUGCUGAGCUGGAUCUGAUCUGUAGACUGGCCAAAGAGGCAGGAGCGUUUGAUGCAGUGCGCUGCUCUCACUGGGCUGAUGGAGGCGCAGGUGCUGUUGAUCUCGCCAGAGCAGUGCAAAACGCUGCAGACUCACCCAGCAGCUUUAAAUUUCUUUAUGACACUGAGCUACCCAUUGUAGAUAAGAUCAGAAACAUUGCACAGAAGAUCUAUGGUGCAGAUGACAUUGAACUCCUCCCAGAGGCCCAGCAAAAGGUGGAGCUGUACAGCAAACAGGGUUUUGGAAAUUUACCCAUAUGUAUGGCAAAAACCCAUCUGUCUCUCUCUCAUGAACCUGACAAGAAAGGUGUUCCCACUGGAUUUGUUCUUCCAAUCCGAGACAUUCGUGCAAGUGUCGGGGCAGGCUUUCUCUACCCUCUAGUUGGCACAAUGCCAACUAUUCCAGGCCUUCCAACUCGUCCCUGUUUCUAUGACAUUGAUCUUGACCCGGCGAGUGGAGAGAUUGUUGGACUGUUCUAAAUGGAAGCAUUUCCAAUUGGGUUGGUGGCCUUACACACAGGAUUCCUUGCACUGUUCUUCGCAAAGGUUAUUUUUUGUUCGUUUGCCUCUUCAUAGAGAUAAGAUGUGAUUUUGUUGUAAUAACAUCUGAUACAUACUGUACUGAAUACAAAUACUUUUGUCCAUUUCUGAAUGAAUCUUUCUAAUAAAAAAUAUUCUGGCUACUAGACUGGAGCAAAAAAACAAACUAACACUAAACAAUAAAUCAAAAUAAAACAA